ACAUGCGUAAAUGUCAAAAUAUAAAUGGCCGCGCCUCCGUGCGUUUGAGUUUGCUGUUGUCUCAAGGUUUUACUGAUAUUUAUCAUCAAUAGUUCGCAUUUUAAUUUCUGUGUUGUAAAGAAUAUAAACAUUAGUUUCUAAGUUAACUGUCAAAGUAGUAAAUUCAUACAAAAUGGAAUCAAAUAAUGAUGGUAAGCGUAAGAAAGAUAAAAACAGUGACGAAGAAGAAAGACGUAGGGAAAAGAAGCCUAGAAGAGGCAGAUCGCGAUCCAGGUCACCAGGCGGAGGUCGUGAUAGAGAUUCUAGGCGCAAACGCAGGCAUUCCAAGUCACGUUCACCCGAUGUCCCUGUCAAGCACGAAAAGCAUGCUAAAGAGUCCGAUGCUAAGAAAGACGCGCCAGUACGCCGUGCUAAAGAAACAGACAUGUUAAAUACAAGGACUGGAGGGGCCUACAUACCUCCCGCUCGUCUCAGGAUGAUGCAGGCUCAAAUCACCGACAAAAGCUCAGUAGCAUAUCAAAGACUCGCUUGGGAGGCUUUGAAAAAGUCUAUACACGGGCACAUCAACAAAAUUAACGUUGGUAAUAUUGGUAUCAUUAUCAAAGAGUUGUUGAAAGAAAACAUAGUGCGCGGUAGAGGUUUGCUAUGCCGGUCGGUUAUACAGGCACAGGCAGCAUCGCCAACAUUCACGAAUGUUUAUGCCGCGCUAGUCGCCGCUGUUAACUCACGAUUUCCAAAUAUUGGAGAAUUGUUACUAAAGAGGUUAGUAAUACAGUUCAAAAGAGGUUUUAAGCGUAAUGACAAGCCUACCUGUAUAUCUUCAGCAUCAUUUAUUGCCCAUUUAGUUAACCAGAGGGUUGCUCACGAAAUUCUGGCCCUAGAGUUGUUGACUCUAUUAGUUGAGACCCCUACAGAUGAUUCUGUUGAGGUGGCCAUUGCUUUUCUAAAGGAAUGUGGUCAGAAGCUGACUGAGGUGUCUUCUAAAGGAGUUAAUGCUAUUUUUGAGAUGUUGAGAAACAUUCUUCAUGAGGGUCAGUUGGACAAGAGGGUGCAGUACAUGAUAGAGGUGAUGUUUCAAGUGUGGAAGGAUGGCUUCAAGGAUCACCCAGCUUUGAUAGAGGAUUUAGAGCUGGUGCCUGAAGAGGAACAGUUCACUCACCUCAUGAUGCUGGACGAGGCAACAGACCCACAGGAUAUCCUGAAUGUCUUCAAAUUUGAUGAGAAAUAUGAGGAAAAUGAACAGAAAUACAAGACUUUAAGUAAAGAGAUCUUAGGCUCUGAUGCUGAGUCUGGUGACGAGGAUGGGUCUGGAGAAAGUGGAAGUGAUGAGUCUGAUGACGAAGAGGAAGAAACCGCAGAGAAAGAAGUCACUAUCAUCGACAAUACAGAGACUAACCUCGUUGCUCUGCGGAGAACAAUAUACUUGACCAUUAACUCCAGUUUGGACUUUGAGGAGUGUGCCCACAAGCUAAUGAAGAUGCAAUUGAAGCCCGGACAAGAAAUAGAGCUGUGUCACAUGUUCCUAGACUGUUGUGCUGAACAGAGGACUUAUGAGAAGUUCUAUGGACUACUGGCACAACGAUUUUGCAACAUCAACCGUAUCUAUAUCGGUCCAUUUGAAGAAAUAUUCAAAGACUCAUAUGGUACUGCACAUAGAUUGGAUACUAACAGGCUGAGGAAUGUUAGUAAGUUCUUUGCACACCUGCUGUUCACGGAUUCAAUUAGUUGGGAGGUGUUGGAAUGUGUGAAGCUCAAUGAGGAAGAUACAACAAGCUCCAGCCGUAUUUACAUCAAGAUUCUAUUCCAAGAACUGGCUGAAUAUAUGGGGUUGAAGAAAUUGAAUGACCGCCUGAAAGACCCGACGCUGCAGGGCGCCUUCUCCGGCGUGUUUCCUCGUGACAACCCGAAGAACACGCGCUUCUCCAUCAACUUCUUUACGUCCAUCGGUCUUGGAGGCCUCACCGACGAGCUGCGAGAGCACCUGAAACAAAUGCCCAAGAAUGUGCCCGCUCCCAUACCUGAGAUCAAGUUGAACAGUGACUCCAGCUCCGAGUCUAGUUCUGAUUCCAGUUCCAGCUCUAGUAGCUCUGACGAUUCCUCGUCUAGUGACUCAAGUUCCAGUGGUUCCGACAACGAAAAAUCAAGCAAAAAGAAGAAAGAUAAAUCAAAAUCCAAAAAAUCUAAAACUAAAGAUAAAGCACCCGAAGUAGAGGCAGAAAAGCCAGUGGAAAGAUGGGGGCAUGAUGGUUUCUACGACACAUACGGCAAAGAUGCUAAGCGUUUAGAAAACAACCGACAAGAGAGGGAUAACUUCUCUAGACAAAGGAAUGCAGACAAAGACAAAAUGGACCAAAGGAAUGGGGACGACAGAAGGAGGCGCUAUGAAGAGAACGAACAGAGCUCUGACGGUAGACGCCGAGAACUGAACGGUAGAGAUGAAGACUGGAGCCGGAGAGAUAGAGACCACAACGGAAAGUAUGACGACAGAGGACGAAGGGACGCUGACAGGCCGCAAAGAGACGACGGUAGGGGCCGACGAGAUGACGAUCGAUCACAGAGGAAUGAUAGAAACCACCGCGACGAUGACAGACCACAGAAGGACGAGGGUAGGAGACACCGUAAUGACGAGCAAUCUCAGAAAGAGGAAGCAAGAACACGUAGGGGAGACGAAGGAAGAAGCCGCAGGGAUGAAGACAGGAAUCAAAUGGAUGAAGGCAGAGGGCGUAAAGGCGAUGGUAGGCCACACAUAGAUGAUGCACGAAGUCGUUGGGAUGACGAUAAUUAUGAAAAAGAUGAGGGAAGAAAUCGUAGAGACGGUGACCGGAAACAGAGGGAUGACGGAAGAGGCCGUGGAGAGGAAGAAGACCGGCAUCAAAGGGAUGAAGAGCGGGAACGGCGAGAAGACAACAGAAGUCGUAGAGAUGAAGACAAAAGAAAGGGCCGGGAUGAAAACAGUGAUCGUCGGGAUGAAGAAAGGGGUCGGCGGGAUGAGGACAGAGUUCGGCGGGAUGACGACAGGAGUCGCCGGGAUGACGACAGGAGUCGCCGAGAUGAAGAUAGAGGUCGGCGGGAUGACGACAGGGUUCGAAGAGAUGAAAACAGUGAUCGUCGAGACGAAGACAGAAGUCGUCGGGAUGAAGAUAGAGGUCGGCGGGAUGAGGACAGAGGUCGGCGGGAUGAAGACAGGAGUCGGCGAGAUGAAAACAGGAGUCGUCAAGAUGAAGACAUAAGUCGCCGGGAUGAAAACAGUGAUCGUCGGGAUGAAGACAGAAGUCGGCGGGAUGAAGACAGAGGUCGGCGGGCUGAGGACAAAUCGCAAAAAGAUAUUGAAAAAGGGCGCCGAGACGACGAAAGGUCUCAAAAGGAUGAAAAAAGAAGUCGUCGGGAUGAUGAAAAACUACAAAAAGAAGAAGACAGAGGACGUCGAGAUGAUGAAAGAUCUCAAAAAGAUGAAAAAAGAAGUCGUCGGGAUGAUGACAGAUUAAGAAAAGAAGAAGACAGGGGGAGACGGGAUGACGAGAGGUUACAAAAAGAUGAAGGAAGAGGACGUCGGGAUGAUGGGACGCCAGAAAGAGAAGAAGGCAGAGGACGUCGUGAUGACAAGCUGCGGAGAGAUGAAGGCAAAAUUCAACGCGAUGAUGAUGAAAGACGUCGGGAUGAGGAUAAAGAGCGGGGCCGUAGAGAUGAUGACAAAUUAAGAAAAGACGAAGAUAGAGAUCGGAGGAGCGAUAACAGACGUCAGGAUGAAGGCAGAGAUCAGAGAGGGCGAGACAAGGACGGGGACAGAACUCGAAGGGAAGACGAUAGACGCAAAAAGAACUGACAGAUACCGAAAGGUAGAUGGCAGGAGACACAGGGGUGACGAGAGGCGAGACCGUGGUGAUAGAACAAGAAGGAUGGACUACGACGGUCGUCCUGAUGACACGAAAUAUAAAAAUUUAAUUCCUUGAAAAUACAACUUUCAUACGUUUUACGCUAGGCACACAUACUGCGUGAUCUUACUAUUUCUUUUUUUACUAUAUCUGAUGAAUUUCGUUGCGGGUUCCAAGGCAGUUAAUUGUUUACGUUUUUCGGUGGUUUUCGUUGGUUUCAUUGGAGAUCCUGGCUUACAGGAUCUCCAAUGAAGGUCCUGUGUGGCGAGCUAGUCCCAUACAAAAAACACUGCAUGAACUUGUGAAAAAUCAUUUUUUUUUCAAAAACAUCAAAUUUAAAGUAAUAUACCUUUUCAGCCCGACAGAGUAUUAAGCAAGACGGAGUCUUCACCUCACGCAGUACCCCACUUACUUGUGGUGUUUAGCUUCCGCAGUAGCAACAGCCCUUCUCGAUCUCUCUAAAUCACUGAAACUCUAUUGAAGCUAGUUCUAUUAAUCUAAAAGUAAAAGGUGUCAACAAUAUAUAAUGAUAUGUAACUUCAUUAUUUAUUUUAUGACAGGUUUAGUUAUAUUUUUUAGGAAUUAAAUUCUUAUAUUUUUAUUUUAAGAUAUCAAGAGAUUUGACAUUACGCCGGAUUAAAACUAAAGCUUGUUUAGUUUAAUUAAUAUAGUGCAAGUAUUCCUGCCUCAAGCCACACGGCCUCUUGCCGCAUCAGUGUUUUACAAAUACCUGUGUAGUACUCAUGGGAGAGAACAUUCAAUGCUAAAUAAAUGGUAGUGUUAUAAUCUG